AUGCCUGAAUCCGUCGCUAGUAGACUCUUGCGCGGUACUCGAGCUAUCUUCAAGUACCGCAAGGAGCGCGGUAUCCUCGUGAAAAAUAUCCGCUCCUACAUUGCCACAUUGCGCCAGAUGCCCGAGGGCAACUACCUCAUUGAGAUCACCCUCGACAUCCAGUCCCUGAAGAUUCAGGCCGACAAGGUGAAAUGGGCUUCCCAGGCUCUAGUUAUCGACGCCGCCAACAUGGCCUAUGUCACCUCCCAGGGUAUCGAGCACUUCGCCCGUACCAUCCCCCAGAUCUGCGACGAGGUCGGCCGUGAUACUCGCCGGAUGGCCCAGAUCCUCUAUGACCAUACCCACAAGCCCGUGGUCAACACCGAGCACCUAAUCGCACUUGACCUCGAGCAUGCACUAGCUGACCUGGGAUACAUCUAG